AUGGCUAUACAUAAUGUUAGGUCUACCCCCGAGGCCCUACUAGAAGCGCCAACAUGCAGCCAUCCUAUCCCAGAUGCAUCUGGAAAUCUCGCGGUAUACACACAGCGGGGUUAUUCGUUCCAAUCGCACAGCGUGUUCGCACAGAUUCGCGUGCGGGAGAUGGAUACACCAAGAUCCUGGGCUAUCACCGACAACCCUCAUGCCAAUUAUCCCAGAUGGCUCGGCCGCAGCGAAAAGCUCAUCUGGCUGGAGGUCAUGGAAAAUGGGCACACUCGCUUUGUUGUGAGGGAUGCUCGUCUUCAAAGUGCCCAAUACCUCAUAGGAACUGUUCCUGGGCCAGUCCAGAACCUCAAAGUUGGGUCUGUUGCAUUCAGGGAGGACUGUGAUGAUGAUCUAUCUUUUGCGGUUGUUGGCCAAGCCAAUACAAAUGGAGCACUUUUCAAUCCUGCUGAUGGGAUACAUACCCCUAUUCCUAGCCAACCACAAACUACACUCCCUGGGCGGAGUGCUCAGCACCCCAAGAAUGUGAUAUGGUUCGGAGCACUCGUGCGCCCAUCACAGGCUCCAGAGGGUCAAUAUACAAUGACACAUUUGACGAACUUGAUCGAAUACUUCAAGCUCGGAGAUAUUGAGUUAAAUGGAUCGUUAGAUGAUGACUCUCUAGACUUUUUCAAAGAUACUUGGCACAUUGCUUUUGUCGCCAAAGACCCCGGGUCCGAUCAAUCGACACAGACAACCUCAUCAUGCUACUUGUGUCCCAUGAUUAGUUGGACUGGAUCACCUCCAACCGAUGAAUACUACCGUGCUUGGCGAUACCGUGGCUUGGGAGGUGCCAUCUGCUCUCCCACCGUGAAUGAGAACGGGACCGUGGCCCUCUUGUGCAAGAAGGAGGAUGGUUACGCCGCUGACAAGAAUCGAAUUGUACUGGUGACGAAUUUCCAGACAGGGGAAAGCACGGAGAUAUUUGCUUCCGCUGAUGGCAGGGGACAAUGGAACCUCAGCCCGUCAGCAAUUUCAUACGUCUCCAACGGAUCUAUACUGAUCCAGGUCAACCAAGGAGGACGUCAAGUGCUUUACUACCUCACUAUGAAGCUUUGGCCGAACCAACCGACUCCAGCCGACUUGAAGUUAUUUGACGGUCUUAUCCCGUUUGGUUCGGUCAUGGAUGUCUCAGUCCUCCCCGGGAAAUCAAAACGGGUUCUAGUGUCUUGCGACAGCUUUGUUAGAAGCAGGCAGGUCGUUAUUAAAGAUCUACCGGCUCAAGAUUCUGAAAUUUCGCAACCACCAACCCUCAGUGGCCCAUCCAUCCUCGGUGAAGAGAAAUUUGGUAUUUCAGGAAGACAGGUUGACGAAAUCUGGUUCCCGUGUGACGAAGAGCACAAGAUCCAUGCAUGGGUGAUUAAACCACCGUACUUCAAUCCAAAGCAAAAGUACCCCCUCCUCUGUGUCAUUCAUGAUGGUCCGCAGCAUAGCUGGAAACAAGGCUGGAACAUGCACUGCAAUCUCGCGCUUUUCGCCGCGCAAGGUUAUAUCGUCGUGGCGCCAAACCCGACAGGAAGCACGGGCUACGGGCAUGACUUUACUGAUGCCAUACAAGGCUCAUGGGCUGGAAAGCCGUACAAAGACCUGGAAGACGGCCUUGAUUAUAUCUCCCAGUACCUCGAGUACGUCGAUACCGAGCGUGCAGUGGCACUCGGUCUCGGUUAUGGAGGCUACAUGGUCAACUGGAUGCAAGGUCACGACUUGGGCCGCAGGUUCAAGGCAUUGAUCGCAGAUAAUGGCACCUUCAACCUGCUCUCUCAUCUAGCCAGCAGCACACAACAUUCGAUUUUCCAUGGACUGGGUGGACCGCCUUGGACGCCACAAUUGAUCAUCCACGGAGCACUAAAUCGGCAGCAUCCUGUCUCUGAAGCCCUGGCUGCAUUCAACACUCUGAAUCUGCAGUCAGUUGAGAGUGCUCUCCUCAUAUUUCCGGAUGAGGGUCAUCAGAUCCGGAGCCCCGAGAAUUUACUCUUGUGGUACCGCACUGUGCUUGACUGGCUAAAGAAGCAUACAAGACAAGAUGUCUGA